GGCAGGGAGAGAGAGAGAGAGAGAGAGAGAGAGAGAGAGUGAGGCAGGCAGGCAGGCAGGCAGAGAGAGAGCAUGUGAGUGUGUGUGUGAGGGAGAAGAAACGGCACACAGUGGAGUAUUGCUCAGUGACUGGUGGCUGAGGUGAGGUGUAAAGCUGUAGGGGACUUUCUAAUAAUCAGGGGACCUGAAGACCCUGUCUUUUGUCAAAGAGGAAUCAAAACGAUAUCGGCUCUGUAGAGGCUGGACUAAAGGGCUGAAGGAAUAUGGAAGAAAAAAAGGAGAAACGGAAUAAAGGUAGAGGAAUGUUUUCAGUGUGACUUUUUCCCAAACCACCAUUUUCCAUCCAUCACAUCCGGCGAAACUCACCACCUUCCCAGCACAGAGGGCGGACCUGGCUGGAAGUGUGUGUGUGACAGUAAGAAAGGGAGGAAGAGUGUCUGUGACACCUGUCAUCACUCAUUAUGCUGUUGAUCCAUUUCCAUAGCACUGACACACACAGGUGCAGUUCUUAGCGAGCGCAGCAGAGACACCUGAGAAUUUUCUGACAAACACAUACCUCCUGUCUCAUCUUCUCCAUUGAAAUGACGAUGUCAGGUUUAAACCGAGCGGUCGCUGCCUUCUGACAGUGUGGAUACCUUCUGUCCAAACUGGCACACGGGAGUUGAGCACAUUCUUAUCAUUAUACUUUCCUGAUUUCAAAUGGAUUCAACCUCUUUGAUCAACAGGUAAUAAUGUGGACCUGAGAAAAGGAUUGAAUGUGAGAUAUCGUGCUUAGGGUAUUUGCCCUCCGGUUUGGAAUACUUGGAACAGAGCGAAAGUCAUAGAGCUCUCUAUUGUUCAUUUUUUUUGCUAAGUUAUUGUCCGUCCGUCAUUAGCUACGACUACUUGAAUAAUUAACCGAGGUGAAGUCUGUACCCAUGGACAGCCUUCUCUGACUUAAUCCCACGUAGUUGAACACUGACAGACGUUAUGAGGGUUGACUUUGAGCUCUGAGCAUGUGGAGACUCUUAAGGACCAGAUCUAUCCCUCUCUGCUCCUCUCUCACCACGUAACAGACUUGGAAGAGUUAGUGUGCCAUUGUAAGGGACGUGCUGGAGGUGUAUGGCGACUGACAUAAUGAACCUGCAUGGGAACGUAUCGGAGUUGAUCUCUUCUGCCGUCAGAGCCAUAACGCUUCCGUCCUUUGACCCCGACCCUGACCCUUGGCCUAACGGUCCAGAGAGACUUCUAGGAAAUGAAAGCAGGAAUUUUUCAAAUGGGUGUAACGGGAAUGAUGUCGGCAAUGUGCAUGACUUUCCGCCAGGCAACUGGACGCAUAGCGGCAAGGUUUACAGUGAUGGAGCAAGGAUUCUGGCAUCAUCGCAGUGUGUGAAGGGGAUGAAAGCAGUGGACAAGAACUGGGCUGCUUUGCUGAUCCUGGCGGUCAUUGCCGUUACAGUGACGGGUAACAUCCUGGUCAUCAUCGCAGUGUCUCUGGAGAAGAAGCUCCAGAACGCCACCAACUACUUCCUGAUGUCGCUGGCUGUCGCCGACAUGCUGCUGGGCAUCCUGGUCAUGCCCAUCUCCAUGGUGACAAUUCUCUAUGACCACUGGUGGCCCCUGCCCUCGGACCUGUGCCCUAUCUGGAUCUACCUGGAUGUGCUGUUCUCCACAGCCUCCAUCAUGCACCUGUGUGCCAUCUCUCUGGACCGCUACAUCGCCAUCAGAAACCCCCUCCACCACAGCCGCUUCAACUCCCGAACCAAGGCUCGCCUCAAGAUCAUGGCUGUCUGGACCAUCUCUGUGGGUAUCUCCAUGCCCAUCCCUGUCCUAGGCCUGCGGGACCACACAAAGGUAUUUAAAGAUGGCAGCUGCCUGCUGACAGAUGACAGUUUCGUCCUGGUAGGCUCCUUCGUGGCCUUCUUCGUCCCCCUCACCAUCAUGGUGGUCACCUACUUCCUCACCAUCAGCGCCCUGCAGAAUGAGGCUACACUCUGCCUGGACCAGCUUGUGCCCAGGCCCAAGUGGAGUGCCACCCUGACCCUGGGAUUUUUCCCACAGUCCUCGCUCUCCUCAGAGAAGCUCUUCUUCAGGCGUUCGCUCAGCCGCGACACGAGAGGGGUGGGAGGAGGGGUUGGCGGGGCUGGGGUGGACCCGCGGUACGGGCGUCGUACCAUGCAGUCAAUCAGCAAUGAGCAGAAGGCCACCAAGGUCCUGGGUGUGGUCUUCUUCUUGUUCGUGGUCAUGUGGUGUCCCUUCUUCAUCACCAAUGUGCUGGCAGUGGUGUGCAACCCCAUGAACUGUGACCCGUGGGUGAUGGGGGGGCUGCUGAACGUGUUCGUGUGGGUGGGAUACCUCUCCUCAGCCGUCAACCCUCUGGUAUACACUCUGUUCAACAAAACGUACCGUGCAGCCUUCUCCCGCUACGUAUGCUGCCAGUACAGCCCGGAGAGGAAGCCUCUGCAGCUCAUGUUGGUUAAUACCAUCCCUCCACUGGCCUACAACUCCACCCACCUGCCCCUGGAGGAAAUGGGGUCCCUCAGGAAUGGGGCCCACAGUGGUGGAGGACCAAAUCAAACUCAGACAACGACAAGGCACCCAGGGACCAAGAUGAGAGCAUCAGCUGUGUGAGAGGUUGUGAGCCUGUGAGGACUGAAUCUCCCAUAAUCCUAGUGAGAUGUGCUGUGUUUUGAUCACGAUCUCGCCUUGGGAACGGAGGUUCCUGUGCUGGAAUGUGUUCAGUAGCUCUGUGGUGAGACUCAUGCCAGAGAGGAAUAUGUGAAGAGAGAGGGUCCACUCCCGUCAAAAUCUGUCCACUCGCGAAUACAGUGAUAAACUGUAGGAAGCAGGGAGUACAGAGAGAGGAAAAGACACAACCUGCCUCACAAACACUUAAACUAGUUACACCAGAAGAGAACAACUGAGCUAAAGCAAAAUGAUCAGCAAUAGCCAGGGGCCACGAGGGGAUACAUUUCCCCAAAAUGUUCAUACACAUAGCCUGGAUACCAGACUGUUUAGCUAACAUUCCACUCAUUGUGUGCCAAAGAUGUUUCACAAUGACACAUUAAGGAGUGGAUUAUUAACUAAACAGACUAGUACCUAAGCUACAGUGGCUUGCGAAAGUAUUCACCCCCUUGGCAUUCUUCCUAUUUUGUUACCUUACAACCUGGAAUUUAAAGUCAAUACUUUGUAGA